AUGCCGCCGCCCGCCGCCCGCCGCUUCUUCUUCUUCUUCCUCCCGCUGCCACACCGCCGCCCGUUUAUUCUUCUUCUUCUUCUUCUUCCCGCUGCCGCACCCACCGCCGCCCGCCACUUCUUCUUCUUCUUCUUCUUCCCGCCGCCCGUUUCUUCCCGCCACCGCACCCACCGCCGCCCGCCGCUGCUUCUUCUUCUUCUUCUUACCGCCGACCCCACCGCCGCUUCUUCUUUUUCUGUGAAUUCUUUUUGUUUGAUUAUUGAUGAAGUUAGAGAUGAAUCUAAAAGAGAACAAAUGGCACUUAUUGUUAGAUUUGUUGAUAAGCAUGGAUUUGUCAAAGAAAGGCUAAUAAAUAUUGUUCAUGUCAAAGAUACUACUUCUGCUACUCUAAAACAAGAGAUUUGUUCUGCAUUAUCUCAUCCCAAUCUCAACAUUCAAAAUGUUCGAGGUCAAGGAUAUGACGAGCUAGCUCUUGUUGCUGCGGCUAAAGAAGUUGUUGAUGUUCAUGCUUUUUUCCAAAGUUUGAGUAAUAUUAUUAAUGUUGUGUGCUCUUUUUGCAAGCACAAUGAUAAAUUACGAUAUGCUUAUGCAACUGAAAUUUUUUAUUUAGUUGCAACUAAUCAAAUUGAAACAGGAAGGGGAGCAAAUCAAAUUGGCACAUUAAAAAGAUCAGGAGAUACCAGGUGGAGCUCUCACUUCAACUCAAUUUGUAGUCUUUUACGUAUGUUUGGAGCAACAACUUCAGUUCUGGAAGAUUUGGCUACUAAUGGAUCUACAUAUUCUCAACGUGGUGAUGCUACUUAUGCUCUUAAAUCUUUAUUAUCAUUUGAUUUUGUUUUCAUUUGUCAUAUGAUGAAAGAAAUCAUGAGAAUCACUGAUAAACUUUGUCAAGCAUUGCAACAAAAAUCUCAAGACAUUUUGAAUGCUAUGCAUCUGGUUUCUAGUACAAAGUCAUUGAUUCAGCAGUUAAGAGAUAGUAGUUGGGGGACACUUUUGGAGAAAGUUAGUUCUUUCUACAAUUAUCAUGCUAUUCAGAUACCUGAUAUGGGUGCUUCUUUUAGUGACAUAAUUCGGUCUCGUCGUAAAAAGAAUGUUGUCACUGUUGAACACCACUACCGUGUUGACAUUUUACUAGCGUGA